AUGCCGUGGACGCUAGAUGCCAUCACCAGCGAUGGCAGCCGGGCCUCGGCCGAACAGCGAGGGAGGGGAACCUUUCAAGUCUUGAGACGGCUGACAUUCCCCCGAAGGAUACAGGCUCUUCUCGCCGUCAUUCUCACAGUCUUCGUAUUUGCUACGACUAUUCUGUUUCUAGGACCUGAAAAUCGACCUGCUCCUAUCAACGAUUUUAUCGAAUCACCACCCUGGCAGCCAUAUUGGACAACGGAGCAACUUGAACCCAAGUUUGCAUAUGCUCAGUACGCGACGAGUCUCGACUACCUGUGCAAUGCGGUGAUCAACUUCGGACGCUUGCGGCGCUAUGGCGCAAAGGAAGACUUGGUUCUUAUUCACCCUAAAGGAUGGCUUGAAGGAUCGUCUCGUGAGGCAAAGGCUUUAGCGAAACUCAAAGAAGAACGACCGGAAAUCCACAUGCGAGCUUUCGAUGUUAUCUCGACGACCAAGGGCGACGCCACCUGGCGGGAGAGCUUGACGAAGUUUCACGCCUUUGCGCUUACUGAAUGGACCCGAGUCCUCGCCUUCGAUUCCGAUUCACUCGUCCUGAACAAGAUGGACCACUACUUCCUGAGCCCGGCAGCACCCGUCGCCGUCCCGAGAGCAUACUGGCUCAACGAAAGGAGCGCCGACAUCGCGAAGCAAGUUCUCGGAUCACACGUCAUGCUUAUCGAACCGAACGAAGGACGUUACAAGAAGAUCAUGGAUGAGGCUCUACGAUCCGGAGACUUCGACAUGGAGGUUGUCAAUCACAUGUUCAAGGACUCAGCAAUGAUCCUUCCCCAUCGCCGUCUCGCUUUGUUAACUGGGGAGUUUCGCGCCAAGGACCAUACAAAGUAUUUGGCACCCGAAGAAGACGAGGAGUGGAAUGCUAUGGGAGAGGUCUCGAGGUCGUUCCUGGUUCAUUUCAGUGACUGGCCUUUGCCAAAGCCAUGGUUGCCGAGGACGAAGCAACAAUGGGAAGCGGCUUUGCCGGAAUGCUCGGAGGACGACGUGGAAAGGGAAGACAGACCAAGAUGUGCUGACCGAGUGAUGUGGUCUGGCUUCUAUGAGGAUUACGACCGGGAGAAGUCUGAACAAUGUAAAAACCUUUCUAUCUGA